CUGCGGCGGCCGUUGCCGGGAAACCGCAUCAACACCAGAGAGCCCUGCUAGCCUCUCGGUUUACGGCUGGAGGUGGUGGUCGCAGGAGCGGGAGGAAGGGAGUUUCGUCAGCGGAGAUGGCUUCCAAAAGAAGAACUUUGAGCUUCAGUGAAAGGCAUCAGAAAUUAGUAGAUGUAAACUAUUGCAAAAAAUUGCAUGUUGAGGCACUACAAAGGUUACAGAAUCAAAUAAGGGGCCAAAUGGUGCAGAAUGAGAAUGAUGACCGGGCUGAACGCAAAAGGUUCCUCAGAUUAUUACAGAAUGAACAAUUUGAGUUGGAUAUGGAAGAGGCCAUUCAAAAGGCAGAAGAAAACAAAAGAUUGAGGGAGCUCCAGCUUGAACAAGAAGAAAAAUUGGCUAUGGAGUUGGCAAAACUAAAACAUGAAAGUCUAAAGGAUGAAAAGAUGAGGCAACAAGUAAGAGAAAACAGUAUUGAGCUCAGAGAAUUGGAGAAGAAAUUAAAAGCGGCUUACAUGAAUAAAGAAAGAGCAGCUCAGAUUGCUGAAAAGGAUGCCAUUAAAUAUGAGCAAAUGAAACGUGAUGGUGAAAUAGCCAAAACUAUGAUGGAAGAACAUGAGAGAUUAAUAAAGGAAGAGAAUGUUGCAGAGGACAAACGAAACAAAGUAAAAGCACAGUACAAUCAUGACUUAGAAAAACAACUUGAAGAACAAGAAAAGAAAAAGCAGGAAGCUUAUGAGCAGUUACUGAAAGAGAAACUCAUGAUUGAUGAAAUUGUUAGGAAAAUCUAUGAAGAAGAUCAAUUGGAAAGACAACAAAAGUUAGAAAAAAUGAAUACAACUCGAAGGUAUAUAGAAGAGUUUAAGAAAGAGCAGGCUCUCUGGAGAAAAAAGAAACGUGAGGAGAUGGAAGAAGAAAACAGGAAAAUCAUAGACUUUGCCAAGAUGCAGCAACAAAGAGAAGAAGAUCGGAUGGCAAAAGUUCAAGAAAGUGAAGAAAAAAGGCUACAGCUUCAGAAUAUGCUGACUCAGAGAUUAGAAGAAAUGCUGCGGCAACGUGAAGAUUUAGAACAAGUGCGACAGGAAUUAUACCAGGAAGAACAAGCUGAAAUACAUAAGAAGAAACUAGAAGAAGAAGCAGAAGAGAAAUUGAGAAAACAAAAGGAGUUGAAGCAAAAUUUUAUGGAACAAAUGGCCUUGAAGGAACUAGUACUUCAAGCUGCAAAAGAGGAAGAGGAGAUCUUUAGGAAAGCUAUGCUGGCGAAAUUUGCUGAGGAUGGUCGAAUAGAAUUAAUGAAUGCUCAGAAGCAAAGAAUGAAGCAACUAGAACACAAGAGGGCUGUGGAAAAACUUAUUGAAGAGCGUCGCAACCAGUUCCUUGCAGACAAGCAACGUGAACUGGAGGAAUGGCAGUUGCAGCAAAGAAGGCAAGGAUGUAUUAAUGAAAUUAUUGAACAAGAAAGACUAAAACUUCUCAAACAACAUGCUACAAAUUUAUUAGGAUACCUCCCUAAAGGAGUAUUCAAAAAUGAGGAUGAUAUUGAUAUGCUUGGUGAAGAGUUUAGAAAAGCAUAUCAGAAAAGGAGUGAAAUUUGUGAAGAGAAGUGAUAUCAAGAUUUGGUAAACUGGGAUUCUUUUGUAUGUUACCACUAGAUGUCAGUGUAACUUUUGUUUUACAGUUCAGUGAGAGUAGGAAUCCAUUGUCUCUGGAUUUUCUAAAACAGCUUUGUAUUUCAUCAUUUAUAAAUUAUUUGUAAGAAAACAUUUGUUUUCUAAUAAAAAUUAAAUUACUGAGUAUUUUUCCACUGCAAAAUUAAUUGUGAAGUUGAUUUGAAGAUCUGAAUUCUACACCACACACAUAUAUAAAUCAAAAAACCCAGGAGACUAACCCUCUCCAUACCACUUCCAUCUAUGUUAGUGUCUAGGAACUUUGGCCAGGGAAAAUUUUAUCUGUAGAGAGGAAGAGAGUGAGAAAUUUCAAAGUGCUUUAUUACCUAAUGCACUUGAUUGUGAAUAAGAACACAGAAACAGUUUCUCUCAGAUACACAUCGUUUACAAACUAGAGCUAAAUCUCUAGAACAUAAAAUACUAUCUAUUCAAAUGCAGUUGAAAAGGGGCUAGAAGGUCAUAGGACUCUUAUUGCUUUAUGUUACAAAAUAUUUCCAUUUUCUAAUGAUUAGAUAUCAAUUUUACAUCCCCAGAUCUAAACAGGGAAUUUGGAAUUAUUUUGAUUUCAUUAUCAAAUAUCUUCAUUACUUAGAGUAAAAAUAAUUCAAACCAUUUCAACUUAGGUUAAAUAGUAUAUCCACCAUGCACUAUAGGUUAAAAAGUGGAUCACUUAUUAGUUUCCCCAUUCAAGUGCCUUCAUAAAUUCCUCUUCAGUGAAAGACAGCAUCUUGGCAGCUUCAAUAUGCAUCUGUGUUUAAAAACAAAUACUAUCUAAUUUAGUACUAAGUAGACCACAAAACAACAGGAAAUUUGUAAAAGUGUGUGUAUAAUAUGCUGUCAAAUUGUUUUGUUGUAGGAAUGUGUAAUUCUAUUUACAAUAAAUGUGACAUUUGAAAUAAUAAUUACGUUCAAUGGUCAGCCUCUAAAAGCCUUUGUUCACUGGUGGUAUUGUACUAACCUGCUGAGAGAGGAAUUCAAUACUAUUGUAAUAUCUAACCUUUGCAAAAAGGGACAGUGGCAAAACCAUGAAUUCAUAUCCUCUUACCACUCGGUAACUCGUGUAGUGAAUGGAACAAGUAGUUUGGAAUCAGUUUUCACUCUUCAAGGUUUCAAAAGGCAAACUGAUCCCUAAGUUUUUAUAUAUGGUUAUAUUCUUUAGUUAGGGAGUAUCCAUAUUGUAUUUACUAGUCCUAUUUCCACAUUUCUAAUUUACUUGCAUCUAUGCCUAUAUAAAAUUUUGUUACUAAGCAUGUCAAAACAAAAACAUACCUAAAGUAGAAAUACUAAAUAUCUUAGUAGAAAGAUCCAAAUAACAUCUAUGGUUUAUUUUAACUUUGUUUUUUUAGGAUAAACUCACCUUCUGU